UUUUAACCGCUAAUCCAGGAUGUUAGUGUGUCGUCUAUUACAUGCAUCUAGCAAUGAUGUUUACAAUAAAUAUAGUAGGCUUUGUUAUUUUUCGUUGCAGUGACCAUGAACGAAACAACUAGAUGAACGUGGUAGAUGUUUAUUUUUCGCAUUGGUUGCGCUUUGCACGAGCAGUGGGUAUUGAAUGGUCACUGAUUGCUGUCCUCGGUUGGGAUUGCAGUUUGGCCUGACAGUGCUGCUAUUACAACCAUGUUUAUUUUUUCAUAACGAUGGCUGCGAGGGGUACCAUAUAAACUAAAUGACUGUCAGAAAUAUUGCCUCCAUUUGUAAUAUGGGCACCAAUGCCUCUGCUCUGGAGAAAGACAUUGGCCCAGAGCAGUUCCCCAUUAAUGAACACUACUUUGGAUUGGUCAAUUUUGGGAACACGUGUUACUGUAAUUCAGUGCUGCAGGCUCUGUAUUUCUGCCGGCCAUUCAGGGAGAAUGUGUUGGCAUAUAAAGUCCAACAGAAGAAGAAGGAGAACCUUCUCACCUGUCUGGCCGACCUCUUCCACAGUAUCGCCACGCAGAAGAAGAAGGUUGGCGUGAUCCCUCCCAAGAAGUUCAUCUCGCGUCUACGGAAGGAGAACGACCUGUUUGAUAACUACAUGCAGCAGGAUGCUCAUGAAUUCCUGAACUACCUGUUGAACACUGUGGCUGACAUCCUUCAAGAAGAGAAGAAACAGGAGAAGCUGAAUGGACGACUGAAGAACAACGGCACUGCCAUCACCACGGACACAGAGCCAGAACAGAACAAGAUCGAGCCCACCUGGGUUCACGAUAUCUUCCAGGGAACACUGACCAAUGAGACGCGCUGUCUCAACUGUGAGACGGUCAGUAGCAAGGAUGAAGACUUUCUGGAUCUGUCUGUAGAUGUUGAGCAGAACACUUCAAUAACACAUUGUCUCAGGGGCUUCAGUAAUACAGAGACCCUGUGCAGUGAAUAUAAAUACUACUGUGAGAUGUGCUGUAGCAAACAAGAGGCCCAGAAACGUAUGCGUGUGAAAAAGCUGCCCAUGAUCUUGGCUCUUCAUCUGAAGCGGUUUAAGUACAUGGAGCAGCUACAUCGGUACACUAAACUGAGCUAUCGUGUGGUGUUUCCACUGGAGCUUCGCCUCUUCAACACCUCCGUAGACGCUGUCAAUCUUGACCGCAUGUAUGACCUUGUCGCUGUUGUGGUCCACUGUGGCAGUGGCCCAAACAGAGGGCAUUACAUCACCAUUGUGAAGAGUCAUGGCUUCUGGCUGCUGUUUGAUGAUGACAUUGUAGAGAAAAUUGAUGCACAGGCAAUAGAGGAGUUCUACGGUUUGACCUCUGAUAUUUCCAAGAACUCAGAGUCGGGAUACAUCCUGUUUUAUCAGUCCAGAGAAUGAAGGAUUAGAUGGGGAAAGGGUAAGGGAGGAAAUUGAGAGAAGAAAUGGUCAGAAGGAAGGGUAUACAUAAAGAUAAAGGUUUUGACAUUCACUAGAUUCCUUUUCCACAUCCCUGCCCCUUUUACUCAGGGUCUCCAGCAGAGACUGAGUGCCAAAAGCCCUCUGUUACCCAUUUGCUAAUGCUACAUCUCCCAUUUAACCAAUCUCGCUGCACUGUGGGAAUAUAUAUCUUCAAAUCUGACCCUCACGUCAGUCACCUGCAUCUGGAAGGCACUUUAUAGACAAACAUAAUUAGUAACACAAAAGCAACACAACAAAAACCACAACAUAUUGAACUACAAUACUUGUGAAAACUUGAAGGAAUCAAAAAGCUACAAAAGGAGCAAUGGCAACAAUGCUUCUCAUAGACUGGAUUGAGUCCUGGUACUUUACCAUGAGUCACUGUUUCUGUCCAUUCUGUGCCCAGGAAAGUGCCUCUUACCCUUGGUAUUUGAAAACUAGGAAGAGGAUUUCACUCUCGAUCCCUUUCUUAAAGGUCAGGGAUCAGGGACCCCAUUUAGGGUCACUUUAGAGUUUUUGUACUGUGAUGCGCACCCAUUUGUCUCAUUCGUUCAACUUUUCAGACCCCUACCUACCCUCAGUUGCCAGCCAGUCAGCGCGUCCUUGUUCAGUCCUGGUUACUGAGCUGUAUGCACUGUGUUACAAUUAGCUUUGGAUUUAGGUAUGCUGAAUGAGAAUUUUGACACCGAGCUGUCUGUUACACAAGUGUUUGUGGGUGCAUUUCAUAUGCAAGGAUUUAAAUGCAUGCAUGAGUUAGUGGUCGACCUAUAUCGUUUUUUUUUAUUGCUGAUACCAAUAUCUAGAAUCUUGACAACAGAGGCAAAUAUAAUGGCAAGAAAAAUAAUACAGAUUAAAGGUUUUAUUCUACAUGGAGAGGGUCCAUGAGGGCUGCUAUGUUAGGAUCACAUGACCAGCCAGUGCUAGUCACUUAAUCUAUGUAAGCAGUAACAUGCUGAUAUUGGACACUUCCACUCAUGGAUUAAAUUAAUCAUGGCUGACUGUGAUUUUCUAUCAUUUCUAUUAUGGCAUUGAUAACUGAAAAUGAUUGCGUUUGAAUGAUGUCCAAGUCCACGAUGUUUAAUGAUAACAAAUAAGAUUUAAAUGUACACAUAUUUUACACAAUAUUUACAUAUGAAAAAAAAAAAUAGCAAAACAGAAAAUGUGCUUUGACAAGGCUGUUGGGGUGAUCAAUAAUAUCAGAAUUGCCAAAUAUCAGCCAACUAAUCAGCCUGGCUAAUGUAUCGGUCUAUUUUGUGUGUGUGUGUGUGUGUGUGUGUGUGUGUGUGUGUGUGUGUGUGUGUGUGUGUGUGUGUGUGUGUGCGUGCGUCUGCGUGUACGUGUGCGUGUGCCCGUGUCCGUAUAUAGACUAGACUUAUUCAAAAGUAGAAGCACUCGUGUAACCAAGUAGAGGGUUUGAAUUAACUGAAGUUGAUCCUGCCCCAUCACUUGAAAGAGAAAAUUAAAAGAAAGAGCUGUCCUGUUAAAGGCUUGUUCUCUUCCAGUAACAAAACUAAAGUGCAGAAACACUGCUUUCCUCUCACUCUUUGUACGUACUGCAUUAUUUUCUAACACUGGUGUGCAUUAGCAACCUUGCAGUCGGCUCGUCUUUAGUUUGUUAUGGUUUAGUUCAGUCUAGAUUUACUUCUGUGUGGUACAUCCAAUCUUGUGAGCUGAAACCUGCCUAGCCCAUCUGAUGUCUUCCCAGUUAGACAUCAGUUGUUGCUUUUGUCCUGUCCAAAUGAUAGUGUACAUGGCCACUGAACUGUCAGCUUUAUUUCCACCUUGAUAAUGUAGAAUACAGUUGGAUUCUAUCAAUGAUUGUUCUGUUUGUUAAAAACGCUUAACCUUAUUGUACAUUUCUGUAUUGGUCAGCAGUACAGUACAGUGGCUAGACUCAGGGUCAUCAAUAAAAUUCACUGGGACAAACUUGUUUCUAUGUGGGCCCCUUUCGACCCCAAUGAGUAGCUAUCUUCAUUCAGUAUUCUUACAUGCACUUUAAAAGUUCAAUUUCAGUCAGAAUAAAAUAAUAAUUAAUAUUUUGUAAUUGUCAUGUAAACCCUUUAGUCUAACUGAAAUUGUACGAGUUUGAUUUCUGCAAAGUCGGACUAAAAGACCUAGAUAAUGCGAUUGUAGCUUUGCCUUGUCCACAAUGUAUACACCUUAAACGGAUCACAAUAGGCUUCGUCAUUGCCAAAGUCCCUUUCAAGUCAAGUCAGUCUUCUUUGCUGCCAUCUUUGUAACGCUCCCGGGCUGCUAUUUUCCAAGGAUACGCAGCAUAAUAUUACAGAUCCUAUUUACUUCAAUUGGGAAACCAAAAUCUCCAAAAAGGUUGUUCAAGGUUAAUCAAAGUACAUUUAUGUUCAGCAAUAAAAUCUGACAGCAUCAGUAUCAUAAAUUGUGCUUCUUCAGCUCAGAUCAUGGAAAAAAUUAUAUUUUUCAGGCUGGUCCAGCUAAUGCGCAUGUUCUUGAAUUGGCUGACAGGCAAUAUAUGUAUCUAAAAGGUCAUUGGCUCAUUUAGCUGCAAGGCAGAACUUUUCUGCAUCCGCCACAUUUCAAUACAAUUAGUCCGUCUUGGGUUAAAUAGUGCAUGCUCAUAUGCUCCAAAAGAGAGAUGUGACACUCAACACGUAUUAACCCACCGUAUUUUCCUCUUCCUUCAAAUAUUCUAUUCCUUCGAGAAAUAUUCGACACAUUGGAUCAUGUUUGAACAGAUAGCAUAGACCGACUAUGCAAAAACCCACUGUCGCUCUAUUAUAAUUGUGCAUGUGAACACACUGACUAAGGAUCUUCAUGGGGCCCCUUAAUCACAGCGCCCAGGACAACAUUCCCGAUUGUCUCCCUCUCGCAGCACCUCUGAUGAGCUUCCUCUCUGUUAGUUUUUUAGAAGCAUUUUAUUUUAGCAUUGCUGUGAGGUCAUUUACAGUGAUCUGAGAAGUUUUGCAGUGUCUUAUUAUUUGGGUUUUGGUUGAAGAAAAUUUAAAUAAAAUGGCAGCAUCCCUGAGAUUACUGUAAUAUGCUUGCAAAAGCUCCGCUUCAAAGAAUCUGAUAUGGUGUUGCUGUUACUAUAAGAACAUGCGCACAAUUAUUUCAACUUUGUGAUAUGAAUGGCAUUUAUUUUAGAGGGCUUUUGCUAUUUAAGAUUAGUCUUCAUAUAGAGAAAGAAUUAUGGGAACUUUAUCAGAAACAUUAGGGAAACUUAAGCCUGACAAUUGAGGUUUUAAAUAAAUUUAAUAUUUUGAUAUGUUGUGGUUUUCAUUUUGUAAAUAGGUGAAAGAGAGUGGCUUAUACUGUCACAGAAGGGAGUUGCCCUCAGCAAGGUGCAAUACAGGGAAGUGAUGAACAUUCCAUGCUAUGAUCUCAUUUUACACUGAUGAUUCUACAAUUUAUUUUAACCAAGCUCUUGUCAUAGAAACACUAACAAACACUUGGUACACCCACCCAUUCAUUCAGUGUAUAGCUUUUUAAAGACCAUGCUGAUCUACCUUGUAUCAUAGAAUCACGCUACUAUACCUACAUUUUUGCAAAAUGAUAUUCAAGUGGCUUGUUGUAUGUUAGCGGCAGUUUCUGGUUAAAAUGGAUGCAAGAGCUACUAAAAUGACUUUUAUUCACUUUCACACAAGUAAAAGGGCAAACUAUAAUUUCAUAAACACUAACUAACAUUAAUUUGAUAUCUUAUGACAUCUAAACACUUUUACUGUAGCUCAUGACUUGUAAGGUGACAUUUCAACACAAUUGUUCAGUUGUUGAACUGAUGGAGCAUUGCACUUGCAGUGCAAAGGACCGGAGUACGAGUCCAGAAGAACACUCAACUUAACACUAAUUGAAAGUGUCAUAGAAGCACCACAAAAUUACAUGGUUGCUUCAGCAUUUGUGUUUUUAACCUCACAUUUGCUUUUUUCUGACACUAUCGGCUAGGUUUAGGAUAUGGAGGAAGAUUUUGUUGAUUUAAAAAUCUGUUUGCGAGAAUUUAUUUCUUAGCACCACUCAGUGGACAUUUCAGCUCAGAUCUGCUUUAAUAUGUUUAAGAAGCCAUGUAAUGUAUCAUUUUGUACAAAUGUUUUUUUUUUUCAUGAGAUCAAGUUUUUGUUUGAUUAAGGUGUGUUUAAUCAAUUUUGUUUUACCAUUUUAUUGUCUUUGAAAUGGUGUUCUGUGUAGAUGUAGCUCUCGACUGAAAUUCAUGAUUUGUUUGGGGGGUUUUGUCAAUUCACAGCACAUUCAGCACAGAUAUUUCAACAUAAAUGUAGAUUAUGAGGUUUGAAAAUAGGAGACAGGAAAACAAUUUGAUGUUUAAUGACGAUUCAUGGGGUAUCAAGAUAUUUGAUAUUCAUCCACAUAUGCUCAAGAGCCUGAUCUAGGUCUGCAUUACCUGUGAUUUCAAACUGCUCUAGCAUAUGGUUUGUUACAUUGUAACAACAUUGUAAUUAUAGGUUAAUGACACACUACAUGCAAUGUACAGCUUUGGAAAAAAUUAAGAGACCUCUGCAAAAUUAUCAGUUUCUCUGGAUUUACUAUUUAUAGAUGUGU